AUGCGGGCACGCGUCGACACUGGCUGCACGCUCCCGCUGACCCUGCCAGAGAACGCGCUGAAGCACUUCCAUUUGGUCACCAAGCUCAAGCCAACGGCCAUCCAGACGUUCAACGGCAUGGUUGAGGCGUCAAACCACUCAGUUGAUUACGAAAUCAAGCUCGGUGAUCCUGCCAGGCCACAGGCCACCCGUCAACUCAAGGAAAUCAGGUCGGCCAACGGUUACCCCUGCGUGUUUGGGAUGCCCUUGAUUUCACAGUACACCCUGUCUGUGGAUCACGGUGAGGGCCGAUUUACGUUGGAGAGCGAAUCCGAGGAUGAUGAUGCUGAUGAGGAAUGA